AUGGCAUCCUCCAUUUGCACACCAGCUGCACCAGAAUUGAUACAUAUCUGGAACAUAUCCGUGACGGUCUCCUCGCUCGGCCUCGGAAUCUUCGUUCUAGGCUACGGAAUCGGCCCUCUGCACUUCGGCCCACUGUCUGAGAUCCCAGCAAUUGGGAGGAGUUCCGUGUAUUUCGUGACAAAAUUACUGUUCCUGGUCCUGUCAAUUCCGACCGCUCUGACGAACAAUGUAAACGAGUUCAUGGUGCUGCGAUUCUUACAAGGCUUCUUUGGUGCGCCAGCAUUGUAUAUUGCGGGAGGGACGAUUGGGGACAUCACGGCGCCGCUUUGGUUGCCGUUCAUGUUGUAUGUGUAUGCGUUCUGUCCGCUGGCUGGACCUUCGCUAGGACCAAUUAUUGCGGGAUUCAGUGUUCCUGUUAAAGGAUGGCGGUGGUCAAUGUGGGAGGUUGUAUGGAGUGUUGGGUCAUCAUUCUUUUCAAUGAUAUUUGUUCCUGAAACUUCGGCAGCUACGAUAUUGUACCGCCGUGCACACCGUCUCCGAACUCUGACCGGAAAUGAAUCAUGUCAACUCGCUCUUCAUCCCCUGGAAAAUCAAUGGCCUUGA